UUUAAAUUUGUUCAUUUGACUGGCAAAAGUUGCAAGAAAUCAUUGGAAAUAUGGACAUUUUACGUGGUUUUAGGUCGGUUCUUGGACCGCAAAGUGAAGAUCCGGAACAAUCCGGGUCAGAGACGGUAGAAAAGCUUUGUGACAGAGUCUCCUCCUCAACACUGCUUGAAGAUCGUAGAGAUGCUGUUAGAGCAUUAAAAUCUAUGUCUAAGAAAUACAAGCUAGAUGUUGGCACAAAAGCUAUGGAUAUACUCUGCAAUGUUUUGACCAAUGAUAGAAACGAUUCAGAGAUUCUUGGGUUAGCCUUGGAGGCUUUAUGUAACAUCACAAGUGCCGAGACACAAGCUCAUCAAGAGGAAGUGAGCAAGGAAGGACAGAUUGCAUCUGAUGCAGAACUUGGAGUUCAGUUUACAGAAAUCUUUAUUAAAAAUGAAGAAAACAUCUCUGUUCUUUUGAGUCUACUGGAGGAAUAUGAUUUUCAUGUACGAUGGCCUGCUGUCAGACUUCUGACAAUCCUUUUGAAAAACCGCUGCUACCAGCUUCAGCAAUGUAUUCUCGUCAAUCCAAUGGGUGUAUCAAGAUUGAUGGAUUUACUUUCAGACAGCAGAGAAAUAAUUAGAAAUGAGGGUUUGCUGUUGUUGACCCAGUUGACCAAAUCAAAUGCAGCAAUUCAGAAAAUUGUGGCAUUUGAGAAUGCAUUUGAUCGUCUAAUAGAGAUCAUUGCUGAAGAAGAGUACAGUGAUGGAGGCAUUGUUGUUGAGGACUGUUUGUUGUUGAUGCUGAGUUUGUUGAAAUCAAACGUAUCCAACCAAAACUUUUUCAGAGAAGGAAGCUAUAUCCAGAGAAUGACACCUUUCUUUGAACUCGAAGCAACUUUAAACUCUGGAAAUGAAAUUGGCUGGUCCACACAAAAGAUGGCAAAUAUCAAUUUUAUGCUAAAGAUAUUAAGAACGCUUGUUUCACCAAAUAAUCCGCAGCAAACGACCGCAUUUGCUCAAAGAAUUAUGAAUCAAUGUGGAAUAUUGAGAUUGCUCUGUGGUAUUUUUAUGGCCACAGGAAUACCAUCUGAUAUCCUAACUGAAACUAUCAACACCGUCUCUGAAGUCAUCCGCGGAAACCAGGAAAAUCAGAAUUAUUUUUCCCAAGUUAAUGCACCUUGUACACCACCAAGAUCAGCGAUCGUAGUUCUUCUCAUGUCAAUGAUUAACGAGAAACAACCAUUUCAUCUGCGCUGUGCUGUUCUUUAUUGUUUUCAAUGCUAUUUGUAUAAAAAUGAGCAGGGUCAAACACAAGUCGUUUCAACUUUAUUACCAAGCGCAGCUGAUGCGACAACUGUGUCUGCGGGUCAACUCCUGUGUGCUGGCUUAUUCAGUCCAAAUGCCUUCUCAAACUGGUGUUCCUCCAUCGCGUUGUCUCACUGCUUGAAGGACAAUUCAGUUCAAAAAGAGCAAUUAUUGAGGGUUCAGCUCGCGACUAGUGUUGGUAAUCCACCAAUAUCGCUUCUUGAUCAAUGUACAAACAUGUUGUCACAAAGUGGGGUAAUUCAAGCGAAGAUUGGUCUGCUCAGUCUCUUGUGUAGUUGGCUGACUUCUUGUUCGAUUGCUGUCUCUCACUUUUUACAAAACACUUCAAAUAUUCCUUAUCUGACAUCACAAAUUCAAAAUCAUGGCGGAGAAGAGGAAGAACGUGUUGUAUCUGGACUGUCAGCUUUGCUCCUGGGAAUUUGUUCAAUUGACAAUGAUGGAAGUGUUGAAGACUACACCAGACAAGGAAUAGAACAACUGAUUACCAAGAGAAUCGGAACGGAAAAUUUUUUGGAUCGUAUCCAUCAUAUUUAUAAAACCGAAUAUUACACGCAAGCCUCGAAAGCUCCUGAGAUCCAGACUGGUUCUGCUGAGGGUGUUUUCUUCGACCAUGAAUUCACCAAACUGUUCAAAAAAUUAGAAGCUGCUGUGAGCGGAGCAAUGGAAGGAGGCCCUGGAAACGACACUUCACAACCGGCGUCCAGUCCUGUGACGAGUUCUCAGAACCAGGACUCCGUGAUCGCCUCAUAUAAGGAACUGAUCAAAGAGCAGGAUGAAGAGCUGGGAAAGGUUCGAGGAAGAUGUGGUGAACUGGAAACCAAAUACACUCAGGCUCAGAUUCAUCUGCAGCAACAAGCUUUGGAAAUACAAAAAUUAAAAGAUCAACUAAACAACAGAUAUCACCACGAAGAAAGUCCUGGAACGGGUGGUGGAAACAGAGACGAAGACUUGGAGUCAUUACGUCAUGCUGUGCAGAAUCUUGAGCAUAAUUUGAACAAUAGUCGACAAGAGAUCCACGAUAAAGAGGACAGAAUUAAACAUUUAGAACGUGACCUGGAGGUGUCUCAGGCGUCCCUGGCUGUCGCUAACGCUGCGUCAAUCCUGUCGGAACAAGAUACAACCGGAGGAAAAGCGUUUCCACAGGACUUGACGAACUUGGAGUUGAAUGAACUGCAACAGACGAAGAUGGCGCUGAGUUCGUUACAAGAAGAAAUACACUCAUUGCGUAGUCAGAACUCUGCUUUACGAGCUGAAAUAGCGUCUCAGACGCAUUCUGGUGACUCGGAUAUUGUUGUGAAAAGUCUCGAGAGGAAAAUGGAAGAGUUACUGAAAAAUAUUCAAGAAAUUCGCGAGGAAAAAGAUGGUAUCGCAAGAGAACAGGAAGAUUUGCUGGUGUUGUUGAGCGACCAGGAUGUCAAAUGUACAAAAUAUAGGAAACUUUUAAAAGAACUUGGGCAAGAUUUAGGAUCAGACGAGGAAGAUGAUGAUGACGAUGAUGAUGAUGAUGAUGAUGACGAGGUAGAGGGGAAGGAAAGUGAGGAGAGCGAGGGGGAGGAACACCCGGGGGAAGAACAACCGGGGGCAGAACACCCGGGGGAAGAAGUACCUGAGAGUUUGAUAAACAAUGCUGAAGAGAAACUGGACUCAAAUGUAGAUCAGAGUGGAGAAAAACUGGAUGGAAAUAUAGAUCAGAAUAGUGAAACUCAAUACAUGCCUGAGGGGCAAGAUGAGAUAGCAAAUGUCAAUGAUGGUUAUAUGAAUAAACAAGAGGACAUUAGGGGAUCAAGUGAAGAAGUUCCUACCACAGAUGUCAUCGGUGAUGUUGUAGAAAAUGGCAUUGCAGAUUUCGCGAAUCCUGAGGCGAGCCCUGGUUACGAGGAUGAUGGUAUUGCGCGUGAUGACGAGAGUCCUAAGAACGAGAUUCAGGGAAGUAUAGAAGACAGUGAGGAACAGAUUACGGGGUCUGAUGAAGAUAACCAGGAUGAGAGACUACAGAAAGGGACUUUACAGGAUGAGGAAAGGGGUAUUGAGGGUACACAGGAGUAGGUAUUUUAUUCAAAUCUAACAGGAUCUUUGACGUAAAACAGGUGUAUCAAUCCAAUGGGCACGUCAUGAAGUAUGAAUGUAGAUCAUGUCCUGCUGCGUUGAACACUGUAACUGAAAUACUGAUCUUCGAUACUAGUCUCGCGCCAGCAAAGGCGCAUACUAUGCUAAUGCAAUGCCAACUUCAGCUUCAUGCACGCUAGCGCUUAUUAACCAAUUUUACCAAAGCAAAGUAUUAGAUACGCCCAAGCUCUGUAAAAUAAAAUUGAAUAGCAUUUAUACGCCAAAAUAUCGUAAUAAGUUCAU